UGUGUCCCCCCCCCAACCCCCUUGGGGACCCCCAAAGGAAUUGGGGAGCCCUAAAGGAAUGUCGCUGUGCCACCCUGCUUUGCCCCACCCCAUGGCGCGGGGGGGGGGGACACGGGGGACGGGACACCCGGCUGGCCCUGUGGGUCCUGGGGUGCAGGAUGGAGGAACGGGAGAGUGGGGGGCUCCUGGAGAUCCCAUGGGGGGCAGGCACCGAGAGUAUCUCCUGCAUCGUGCGGAUCGGGGCCGCCCUGCUCCGGGGCUUUGUCCUUUCCCUGCUGGAGCAGGACACGGGCUUGCCCCGGCGCGUUCCCCCCCAGGAACUGGGGGGCGAAGUAGAGGACGAGACCGCCGUGAGCUCGUUGUGCGCGGCCGUCCUCUGUAUUUGGGGACACCUGAGCCAGGACCCCGAGAUGGACAGCUUGGUGGGGGCCCUGGCCGGCUGCCCCCCGUUACCCGCCUUGGCUGGGGUCUCGGAGCAGCUUUUCCAGGACGGCAUCAACUGGGGGCGAGUCGUCGUCUUCUUCUACUUCACCUAUCGGGUGGUCCGGCAGGCGCUGUGGGGUGACCACCCUGUCCGGACCAUCCUCGACUGGGCCGUAUCCUUCCUGCAGCGGCAUCUCUCCGCCUGGAUCCAGCGCCAGGGGGGCUGGGGCUCCAUCCUCAGCUACAGCCCCCUGCAGCCCCCCCGUGCCAUGGGGAGCCCCGAGAAGUAAAGGAUGGAGCUGGUCCCUGGGGGGGUGGGGGGGUGCUGGCCCCCCAAUCCCUCCCCCCUCCGGUUUCUGGAGCAACGGAAACCCCGACUCAGCACCUCCACGGGGCCAAGUUCCUCUUUUAUGGCCCCCCAGGGCUGAAUCAGCUCCUUUGCCCCCCCCAAUAACCUCCGUUCAUUAAAUUCCAGUUAACGA